CUGUGUUAGUGACUCGCCAGGUCUUGCUGAGAGCUGUGUUUGGUGGGACUCUCUGGCCUGGGAACAGGGUAACGUCCUUUGCAGCCAUUGUCGGUACAGUUACAGGACCAUAGAAGUCGUAAUAAGCCCCCACUGCAGCUUGCAGAUUCCUUAUGAAAACGAUAAUCGUUAGGGCACUAUAAAACUUGAGCUCUUUCUUACCAGCUCCCAAUCUCUAAGAAAAAUUCACACCCUUCCCUGGACAGUUGUGCUCCCAAGAGUGAGUGGAGUUCGUUCACGAGCACAUCUCUGUCGGUGGUGCCGAGGCAGCUGAACCUGCACAGGAUGCAGUGGAGCCUCUCCUUCGCACUCCGUCUCCAGUCUGGAUGAUCCCUUCUCCCUCCGUUCCAGCUAGCUGCCGCACGGAAACAGAGGAAAGCGUCCUUCGCCAGCCAAAGCCGCGUGCUAACGCUAGCGUUUCCCGAAUUUGCGCCAGUGAGGAAAGGGUUAUUAGUAGCACCGCGGCAGGAAGACAACUAACUACAUACGUACGGAGAGCAGAUCUGACGGGCGGCCAUGUCUACCAGUGUAGAACUGCAGGAUAUUCGACUAGACAGCGAAGUAGAGGCAGAGCCUGAGAGCUCUGCCGCGGAGGAGCCAGCGGCGGAGGGAGAAAGGGCAGGACUUGACCCAGACUCGUUCUCUCUGGUGGAGGCGGCGCAGUACGGGAACCUGGAGAGAAGCAGACACCUGGUGGAGGUGUGUGGGGAAGAUGUCACGAAGGGGAAUAACGAGAACAUCACUGUCCUCCACUGGGCAGCCAUUAACAACCGCAUCGCUGUUGCCUCCUACCUCAUUCAGAAGGGAGCAAACCCCAAUGUGGCAGGUGGAGAGCUGUCCUCUACUCCCAUCCACUGGGCCACCAGACAAGGCCAUCUCCCCAUGGUCAUUCUUCUUCUCCGCUACGGAGCCAACCCUGAGACCCUGGAUGCUGAGGGACUCAACUGCCUCCACAUUGCUGCACAGUUUGGCUUCACCAACAUUGUCGCCUACUACAUCACCUGCCACAUUCCCAUGAGCAUUGACGUCAGAGACAGCCGAGGAAGAACUCCGCUCAUGUUGGCUGCUGACAGAGCUGCAUCCAGCCCAGACCCAGUGCGCCUGCUGACGUCGCUGGGUGCCGACCUGUAUGCUGUUGACCAUGCCCACUGCACGGCCCUGCAUCACGCGGCGGAGAACCACAACUACCUGGCAGUGAAGCACUUGGUCACUGCUGGUGCUCCUCUCAACCUCAGGAACAAAGAGGGGAAGACUCCCUAUGACGUAGCAUAUGGAGGCUCAGAACAAGAUGUUGCCAUGGACACCAUCGCCAUGGGGAGGAGCAAAGCUGAGCUCAGGACUCUUAGAACUGGUCACCAGGCAACCAAGGGUGGUCUGGUGGAUCAUGCUCUGUGCUCCUACUGUAUUUCUGGUUGCCGUGGGAUACCUGGGCAGCUGGCUCCAAAACGUGGGAGCUAUCUCCUAGGCACGCAGCUAUUGGCUACUUGAUGAGAACUUUCCUCUUUCGCGUAUGUGCCUGUUCUUAUGGACACCAAUCCCUAGCAUUGUGGUCUGGUGAUGGAACAAAACUGUGUGUCUACUACACAGCCAUGACAUACUUUAGACCCCUGGGGAGCUCGUACUCGACAUAAAAAUCUGCUAAGCUGUCAAUGGUUGUUCAUCAUCGGGGAGGUCGGGCAUUCUCAUCGGUGAGUACAGCUUGACCCUGGAGCAGGAUCCACAGAAACACGCCCGACUGAGCCAAGAGAACCAUAGCUGAGUUGUUGUGGAGAGAGGCUUGUUCAGUAAGCGGGACUCCUUCUGCUCCACAGUCUCUUGAGAAGACCACUUCGCUCAAACCCUGCGCUGGCCUGCAAGCACUGGUUGCCAGGUUCGACCACCACUUGUCCGUGGGUGGACAACUGUGUGGGUCUGAUGAACCACAAGGCGUUGCUUCUCUAACCUUGUCAACCCUCCUCUUCUCCUCGACUGGUGAUCCAGGCCCUCCCUAAAGCCUUACACUCGAGCUACUCUUCCCGCUUGACCCAACCAGAGCUGGGUUGGGAAGCCUGGCAUUACUGCACCACUCAAGCCCUGGUUGGGGUUUGUUAUGAUCAUGUGUUUCUUCUCACCUCACCUGUGGGUCUACAUUUACUGUGGCAGCCCAAUCUUCCAGACGUAUUCCAGGGAAUGGGACAAACCACGAGCUGUGAUGAAUGCCACUUCGGCUACACUCACCUUUUCAAGGCACCAACCCCAUUCAAGAAGGAUCUUGUCCACUG